AUGUAUGCACAGAAUAUUAAUGGAAGACGACGUGAAGCCAACAGUAUGAUUUAUCCUAUUUCUGACAGUAAAGGGUUAGCCCGACUCAAGUUGUGCCUAAGCGGACCGAUUACCGGAAGCUUAACACAAGGACAAGAAAAGACCAUUUUCUUUUACCCUUCAUUGACCAGAUGUUGGAAAGUUUUAGGGCAACGGAAAGAUAAGCUUCCCCAUGUCAUUUAUUAUGCAAGUCGUACUCUCAAUGAUGCACAGCUUAACUAUGCAACUACAGAGAAGGAAUUGUUGGCUGUUGUGUUCGCACUAGAGAAAUUUCGGUCUUAUUUGGUUGGGGCUAAAGUGACUAUUUAUACGGAUCACGCUGCACUAAAACUUGUUGUCUAA